UUAACUUCAAACCCAUCUCUCUCAUUUACAAUCUGUGAGACCAAACCAUGCCUGAGGCACCAAAGUAUGAAUCUUUAGAUGCUUUCGAUCUGACCCUCGACGAGAAGAACAAGAGGAAGCUUCAGUUAAUCGAGGAACUGACCUCAAACGCCGACAAAGUCCAGAGACGUGUCUUAGAAGAGAUCUUGACCCGUAAUGCUGACGUGGAGUAUCUCAGACGACAUGACCUUAACGGUCGCACGGACAGAGAGACUUUCAAGAACGUGAUGCCUGUUAUAACCUACGAGGAUAUACAGCCUGAGAUCAACAGAAUCGCUAAUGGUGAUAAAUCUCAUAUCCUCUCUUCAAUGCCCAUCUCUGAGUUCCUCACCAGCUCUGGGACAUCUGGUGGAGAGAGGAAGCUAAUGCCAACAAUUGAAGAAGAGCUAGACAGAAGAUCACUUCUCUACAGUUUCUUGAUGCCGGUAAUGAGCCAGUUUGUUCCCGGUCUCGACAAAGGCAAAGGAAUGUAUUUCUUGUUCAUCAAGUCAGAAUCCAAGACACCAGGAGGCCUACCUGCACGUCCCGUCUUAACCAGUUAUUACAAAUCUUCCCAUUUCAAAGAAAGACCCUUUGACCCUUACACCAACUACACAAGCCCCAACGAGACCAUCCUUUGCCCUGACUCUUACCAGAGCAUGUACUCACAGAUGCUUUGUGGCUUAUGCCAACACCAGGAGGUUCUUAGAGUGGGAGCUGUUUUCGCCUCUGGAUUCAUCAGAGCUAUCAAGUUUCUUGAGAAGCACUGGACCGAGCUGGUCCGUGACAUCAGAACCGGUACACUAAGCUCCUUGGUAACUGAUCCUUCAGUGCGGGAGGCGGUUGCUAAGAUCCUUAAACCGAACCCUAAACUCGCAGAUUUUGUGGAAUUUGAGUGUAAGAAGAGAUCCUGGCAAGGGAUUAUCACUAGGUUGUGGCCUAACACAAAGUAUGUGGAUGUGAUUGUGACAGGGACAAUGUCUCAGUACAUUCCAACUUUGGAUUACUACAGCAAUGGCUUGCCUCUUGUCUGCACAAUGUAUGCUUCUUCAGAGUGUUACUUUGGAGUGAACCUGAGGCCACUGUGUAAACCUAGCGAGGUCUCUUACACGCUCAUACCAACCAUGGCUUACUUCGAGUUCUUGCCUGUUCAUAGAAACACAGGUGUUACUAACUCCAUCAGUCUACCUAAAGCACUAACUGAGAAAGAGCAACAAGAGCUUGUUGAUCUUGUUGAUGUUAAGCUUGGCCAGGAGUACGAGCUCGUUGUCACCACUUAUGCUGGACUUUGUAGAUACAGAGUUGGUGAUUUGUUGAAAGUGACUGGAUUCAAGAACAAGGCACCUCAAUUCAGUUUCAUAUGCCGCAAGAAUGUGGUCUUGAGCAUAGAUUCCGACAAGACCGACGAGGUUGAGCUUCAGAACGCUGUAAAGAACGCAAUGACACACCUUGUCCCAUUCAAUGCCUCACUCUCUGAAUACACAAGCUAUGCGGAUACAAGUUCCAUCCCUGGACAUUAUGUCCUGUUCUGGGAGCUAUGUUUGGAUGGAAACACACCGAUCCCUCCUUCUGUCUUUGAGGAUUGCUGCCUGGCCGUGGAAGAGUCUUUCAACUCUGUUUAUAGACAAGGAAGGGUUAGUGACAAGUCCAUAGGUCCACUUGAGAUCAAGAUUGUUGAGUCAGGGACAUUUGAUAAGCUCAUGGACUAUGCUAUUAGCUUGGGAGCAUCUAUUAAUCAGUAUAAGACGCCGAGAUGUGUGAAAUUUGCACCAAUUAUUGAGCUGUUGAACUCAAGAGUUGUUGAUAGUUACUUCAGCCCCAAGUGUCCUAAAUGGGUUCCUGGUCACAAACAGUGGGGAAGUAACUAAGAUGGAAUCAGGAACCGUGAAGAGAUAGUUUUUCUAAAUAGAAGGUUUGGGACUUGCAAAUUAUGUCUUUCUAAUCUUAUUUUUAGUUUAAUUUUUUUUUUUUUUGGUAUUCAUUUAUGCAUAGCCCAUGCUGAAUUUAAAAACUAGUUGUACAAAAGCAAAUCACGUUUCUCCAAGCAACCCAAUCACUUUCUUGAGCCUCUAAACUUACUAUUUUAAUGCUUUAUUG